AUGGCGACCUCAUUUCUCCCGCUCCUCCUCAUCCUCUCCUUCCUGACGGCCACCUCCUCCGCCCGCCCCUGCAAAACCCUCUUCUAUUUCUCCGCCACUACCACAACCACCUAUUACCCCUCCAAUUCCCUAAAUCCAAACCCUAACCACCCCAAUUCCGCCCAAAUCGCUAAUUCCCAAUACAUAACCCUAAUCUUCACCACCGCCUCUCCCCGCUUCCGAACCCGUCACUUCAACCGAUUCAAUGAACUCUCCAGAUCAUUGCGGUCCGAAUCCCCCGUCGAGCUACACUCCUCCGUCUCCAGCUCCGUCCGCGAUCGCACCAUGGACAUCCUGAGCGUCGUCUGGGCGCUGCUCUUCGGCGUCGGUUGCGGAGCCGUCACCGCCGCCGUCAUGUUCUCACUGUGGAGCCUCUUCAAUCCCCACCACGUUGACUUCGACGAGUCCUCGUCCUCCGACGAUGAUGACGACUACGAUGACGUCGCCAAGAUCGGUUACGUUGCAAUUCCGGCGCAGGGUAAAUUGAUUGAUGAUGAUCUGGCGAAGGAGGUUGUUUGA